CAAUUUAGUUGUAAAACUUAGAAAUAUUUUCAGUCUACAGUGUAUUUACUUUUAAUUAAAAUAGUGAUGACUAUUUAUCAUUUAUAUAUAUUUGACAAACUUGGCACAAUGAUGUACUAUGCGGAAUGGAACCGUACGAAGAAGUCUGGUGUUAGCAGGGAAGAGGAAGCCAAACUUACUUAUGGUAUGCUGUUCUCAAUAAAAUCAUUUGUCAGUAAAAUAUCCCCACAUGAUCCGCGGGAAGGGUUUCUGUUCUACAAAACUAAUAGAUAUGCACUUCAUUAUAUGGAAACUCCUUCUGGUCUCAAAUUUGUAUUGUAUACCGACACUGCUGCAUUAAACGUUAAAGAACUUCUGCAGCAAUUGUACAGUAAAAUAUGGGUGGAGUAUGUGGUACGCGAUCCUCUCUGGUCACCUGGCACUCCUGUAACAUCCGAGUUAUUUCAAACAAAAUUAGAUGAGUUUAUAAAACAAUCAGCACUUUAUAGUAUUCGUAAUAUAUAGUAGUAGUUCUACAGUGUUUCUCUAUGCACUCAUCACAAAUUAAUAUUAUAUAUAUGUAUAAAAUAGAUAAAAUAAAUAGAAAAACGCUUUUAG